AUGAGUGCUACACGCCGCGUCUUGGUUUUGCAGCUCUGCCUCAUGGCCCUCUCUGGCUGUUACUGCCAAGGCACACUCAUUGAAAGCCUAGAAAGUCUGAAGAACUAUUUUAACUCAAGUAGCAUGGAUGCUAUGGAAGGAAAGAGCCUCCUCUUGGAUAUCUGGAGGAACUGGCAAAAGGACGGUAACACGAAAAUACUUGAGAGCCAGAUUAUCUCUUUCUACCUCAGACUCUUUGAAGUCUUGAAAGACAACCAGGCCAUCAGCAACAACAUAAGUGUCAUCGAAUCGCACCUGAUCACUAACUUCUUCAGCAACAGUAAAGCAAAAAAGGAUGCAUUCAUGAGCAUCGCCAAGUUCGAGGUGAACAACCCACAGAUCCAGCACAAAGCUGUCAAUGAACUCAUCAGAGUGAUUCACCAGCUGUCACCAGAAUCUAGCCUAAGGAAGCGGAAAAGGAGUCGGUGCUGAUUCUGGGGUAGAGAGUGUGCCAAUAAGAAGAAUUCUG